GAACACAAUCUUAUACCUUAUACCUAUACUACCUGUGAUCAUCGCAAGCAUAUAGUUUUGUGCGCUUGAGCGCGAUACGGAUAAGAUGCAGCAAUAGAUCGUACAAAUCAACCGCCUUCAAACAAGCCACAUUAACCACAAGUGAUUUAUAUUUUCUUACGAAGAGCGCCAGAGAGAUAGAGAGUGAGAGGAAAAAAAAAAAAAAGUGUGUGUUUGUAUAAUAAAAACAAAUAAAAAAAAAAUAAUAAUAAUAAUAAUUGCCACAAAGAGCUUACACGUUUACGGCAGAGAGAAGCUAUAGAGUAUAAUCAAUCGACUUAGCAACUGAAUGUACAAAAAGAUUUUGCGAACAAGUCCGUUAGUGCCAAACCGGAGGAACGAGAGAGAAAAAGUGAGUUUUAUUGUUGAUAUAAGUGAAAGUUGUGUUGUUGGUAAUCAGAGCAAAAAAAGAAAAGGACGAGCACUCAAGUGUCAUUUACACCCCAAGCCAAAGAAUUUUGCCAUUUUUCUUACUAAACCCCCCCCCCCGCCGGUCAGCUCCGCCUAUCUCCGUUGAUGCGAUUUUUGAUCGACGCCAAGGACUGUUGUUUCCCGCGAAGCAAGUGCAAAAUUCUUGAUGAAAAAUAAUACGGAUCAACUUCACUUUGUAGCCUAAACCUGUUGAGUACAAACGAGAGACAAAAGGAGGGAUAAUAAGUGUACCGCCGCGAGAAAUCCAUGUGAUAGUGAGAAAAAAGUGGAAAACACAAAAAGCGACGGAGAGGCGGGCGUUCUCCGUAUAAAUAUACACAAAGACUGUACAGCGAAGAAUAAGAAGAAGAAGCUAAGAUGAUUCGCAACUGCAAGCAGUGAGGCCAUUGGUAGAGUGAACUAGCCCCUGUCGAGGAGGAGAGCAACACUGACGACGACAACGUCGAGGGUAGCAGGUACGACGCCUGGCGGCUCUUCUGGGAGCGGCCAGAGCAGCCGCAGCCCGUGGCCUACCAGGGCUGCGCGGCUCGCCAAGAUGAGACGCGGAAGAUGAGCAUCGAGCAGAAGCGGGAGUCCCCGGUCUCCCCCGAGAGGAAGCAGCCCCCGGCCGACGGCGACAGUAGCCCUCCCCGGGUGGCGGCGGCAGUGGCCACGAGCUCCUCCCCGGGCCGGCAAGGGGAGGCCGCGCGCCACCUGCCCCCCUUCGGAGCUGCCUUUGCCCACGGCGAGCUCGACCACCACCACCACCAACAACAACAGCAACAACAGCACCAGCAGCAGCAUUCCCCGAGCAGUAUGGACGGAGUUGGGGGUGGCGGGAUCGGCGGUGGCUUCGGUAGCUUCGCCACCAGCCACGAGCAGCUCGGCCCGCCCAUAUACGAGGCCUUUUGCUACGAGGGCCUGGGCGGCCGGAUCAUCGACGAUCGGUUGCGCGAGAUAGCCGGCUACACCCGGCCCUGGGAGAGCAAACACGACGGCCUGCCCAGUUUCGCGACCCUCAGCGCUACGCCGCAGUACGCGAGCGCGGCCACCACGGCGGGGGGCCAGGACGGCAGUACCGAGCCCCAGCUGACGAUCCUCCAGCCCUUGACGCCCCACUCGCCGUCCCCGCUGACGCAGUCGCCGCCGGUCACCGCGACCGGUGUACUGCCCAGCUUUCACACGCUAGGGCCCGCCGGUGGCGUCCAACAGAUCGCGACCGCGGUGCCCGUCGUGCCCCGUGGCCCACCCCCGGGCCUCGGUUACGCGUCCCUCGGCCACGUCAUGGUCCAGCAACCACAGCAGCAACCGACGUCUCUGCAGGGCGCCCAGCAGCAACACCAACAGCACCAGCAGCAGCAGCAGCAGCAGCAGCAGCAGCAGCAGCAGCACCAGCAACAGCAACAGCAGCAGUCACAGCAGCAGUUGCAGGUGGACGAGCGCCACCUGGUGGCCGCGGCGGCGAUGCAGGGGUACCACCCGACGGUGGUGGCGGGUCCGGGUUUGGUGCAGCAUCCGCACCACGCGGCGGCGGCCGCGGCGGCGGCCCAUCAUCACGCGGCGGUGCUCGCGGGCGUCGUCAAGCAGCAAGAGUUCGUGGCGAGCAUAAAGCAGGAGUACCCGCAGUUGCACCACGCGAAUUUUCAAAACCCGAUGUCGACGGUCCUGGUGGAGUCGUCGCCGAGUUCGCGGCCCGCGGCGGUGCUCGCGGGGCCGGACGGGCGGAAAAAGGAGCGGCGGAAAAUACGAGCCGGCUCGAUGGACUCGGAGGACGGCCGGCCCGGAUCCGGCCCGGGCGUCGAGAGCUCGGGCCAAGUGGCCGCGGUGUCGUCGACGGCGGCGGGCCGGGGUGGCCAUCACAUGGGCAGCGGCACCGGCGCCGGUAUGCAGGACGGGGACGCCGACGGGGGCGUGAUGGGCGACAAACCGGCCAAGAAGAAGCGCAAGCGUUGCGGCGAGUGCAUCGGCUGCCAGCGCAAGGACAAUUGCCAGGACUGCGCGCCCUGCAGGAACGACAAGAGCCACCAGAUCUGCAAGAUGCGACGCUGCGAAAAACUCACCGAGAAGAAGCAUCUUUAUCAUCUGCAAACAGGAGAAGGAGCGUUCAGAGAACGGGGAAGAGGUCGGGGCAAAGGUUCAACGAGGAGCUAUCGAAAAAUCGCUCGGCAAGUGAGCACGCCCGACAAUAGCGCGCCAGUGGGUCUCGGCAGUCCGCAGGCAACGAUCGCGCUUCCCGGUGGCAUUCAGCAGCAAAACCAACAACCACCCACGCCACAGCAGCAACAACAGCAAACGGCACCACAACAACAGCAGCAGCAGCAGCAGCAACAGCCACCGCAACAGCAGACGCCGCAGCCUAGCUUACACACGGACCAGAUGCAGCAGACCAAGGACAGUCUCGGUUCCGCGGUUGCACAGCAGCCCGGAGCUCUGAGGAACGGACAGCCUGCGCCACCGGUCGUGUCGAUGUCGGCGGGCGUGAUGCCGUUCUACGGCGACGCUGGGGCCGGAUUCCGGCCGGCAGCUGGCUUCGGAAACGCGGUGUGGCACCAGGGCGUCUCCCCAGUGAGCGCAGUCACGGUCGAGCCGACGCCUUCGGCCUGGCCGCCCCAGCAGUUCAUCCAGCAGCUGCCCGGACCCAACCAGUUGGAGGAGCUGAGGUACCACACCCAGUACACGACGGCCACGCCGUACCAUCCCCAGACAGUGACGUACCAGCAGCAGGCCUUCAUCACGGCUGAUCAGUCGGCGUUUCAGCGUGCCGGGGCGACGGGGCAGUACGCAAUAUCGGGUGGACAGCCGUCGCCCCUGACCCCCGUGGCGGCGGCCCCGCCGCAGCAGAGUGGGCCCGCGACUACGGCCCAGAGGCCCCUCAAUGGUCAAUUCAUCGAUCCUGCCGGUACGGCGGCCCAGACCGUUCAGUCCUACGAGAGACAGGACACGUAUGUCAAUGGCUACCAGCAGCAGCAGGAUAUAACAAUGGCUCCACCAGCAUCGACGACUCCCAACAGUCGCAGUAGUUCGGUUCACGUGGAGACCCAAUCCCAAACUCAAAAUCAACAGACAACGCAAGUUUCGCAAUCCAGCGAUACCCAAGUCAAGGGUUUCGCAACGAUAGCUGCAAACAAUGUGUCGGGAAACGAGAUGCCUGGGUAUCCACUUCAACCGGGUCAACAGAGCUUACACCACUCUAACGGAUAUCCAGGCUACGUUGAUUUGGCCCAACCACAACAGCAACAACAGCAAUCACAGUCUCAGCCAGCACCACAGCAUCAGUGGCAGCAGCAGCAGGUCUCGGAUGCUAAUCACCAGCAACACGUUUGGACCGAAACCAAUAGCAAUGUCAAGAUGAGGACUGUCAACAACACCAUGUCGUGGUCUGACGUAAAUAUGCAACAGCAGCAACAACAACAGCAGCAGCAGCAGCAGCAGCAGCAGCAGCAGCAACACAAUAGUAUAAAACAGACGAAUGAGCAACAACAAAACAUGCAAAUGCAGACGCAGCAGGAUUUAUCGAGGCCUGCUAGUCACGCGAGCCAUAUGAGCUGGGAAAACGGUAGCGUCAAGGAUCAAGCACCUCCGACUCCUCAGUCGUGGUCCGAGAACAUGGACAAUCAGCAAACGCCGCAGUCUCAGGGAAACUGGCCGCAGCAUAGUCCUAGCCAGAAUCGUCUGACCCCAUCGGCCCAGCAGCAGCAAGCGCAACAGGGUUGGCCGCAGCACUCGCCAAAGAUGGUUGACCAGAAGAGUCCUAGAAUGACGCCAGGCCCUGUACAGCACAACUGGCCCCAAACUAGUCCAGAGAUGCAACAAAAUUCUUCUCAACAGAACUCGAGGCUGACACCUUCAAACCAGCAGUGGCAGCAACAAACGAAAAUCGAGCAAAAUCCUAGACUUACUCCCUCUAAUCAAAUGUCGUGGCCCGACACGCCAACUAGUCAACCAAAUUGGUCCCCGAGUAGUAUGAAGAGUGACGGAAACCAACAGCAAUCUCAGCAACAGCAGCAGCAGCAACAACAGUGGCCAGAUUCACAGCCUAGUCCGAGGCACACGCCUAGCCAUCAGCCAGCAGCUUGGCAAAAUCAAAAUGUCCAGGAAAAGAUGGAUAGCCAAAUGAACUGGUCCCCAAAGUCUGACAAUCAACAAAGCUGGGUUCAGCAAAACAUGAAGCAGGAUAUGCAAAAUUCUGGUGAAAGAUUGUGGCAGCAGCAGCAACAACAACAACAACAGCAGCAGCAGCAGCAGCAGCAGCAGCAGCAGCAGCAGCAACAGCAGCAGCAGCAGCAGCAGAACACUGACAAUAACAAACAGAAUGGUUAUCUAUCCGAGAAUCAAGAGGCACAAGACGGCAUGUACUCUCAGUCGAACCGUGUCAAUUUGAAUAGCCGGUUAAAAUCAAUGAUAUUGAAUAAACAACAACAACAGCAGCAGCAACAGCAACAGAUGCAAAAUCAAAUAAAACAAGAGCACGGUCAGGUUCAAAAUCAAAUAACAUCUCAGCAUGCUAACAAUGAGGAUGGAUCUAAUGGAGACAUGGCGGAAAAUCGGUUACGGGAGUCACACGAGAAUUCCGAAAAACCGCAAGGAAAGCGAAACGAGCAGUUUAUGAAUCAGAGCGGACUCAUGUCCAUGAACCAAAGCAACGAAACCGUGACCGGUAAUUUUUUAUUGCAUAGCCACCACCAUCGGGCCAAUAGUUUGCCCGAAGGUGGUGGCUUAUGGGAGUGGUCGGAUGCAGGAACAAGUACGGGCAUGAGUACCAAUUCAAUGUCCAGUGGAGGAUUGCUCAGCAUUGAUUCUUUGAUGAAUUUCACACCAGACGACAAGUUGGUUGACAAAAACUCUAAUAUUGAAAGCAAUAACACGAUGCUAAACGAGGAGAGUAGGAAUAGGUGGAACACAAGCGAUAAUCGAGAAAGUCAAAGUAUCGUCGACGACAAGAGUUUUCAGCAAAGAUUGUGCAUCAAUGCAGAUGAAAACAAAAAUAGCUUUCUUUGCAGCGAUGCGAGUGUAGUCGACGAAACUGCGAAUCUUUCAACUAAUUUAACGAAUCAAGAAAAGGCAUCGACUGAAAGCGCGUUUUCCGAAACGCAAUACGACUCGAACCAAAAAAUCAAACAAGAAUACUGCGCGGAAUCUUCCUUAAACGAGAGUCAUCAAUCACCGCACGACGCGGAAAUCGAUACUAAAAACGGAGACCUCGAGGAAUCGUCUUACAAGUUUCAAGGCGACGGUGGCCCAGCCAAAGUGCCAACUGGAGUGGGUUCUUGGUGCUGCAGGAGAGGAGGUACCGAACAACCGACCCCAGAGCACUUGCGCGACGGCUCCUGCCAAGGCCUCCAGACGCGCGACGAGUUCUCCGAAGACUCGGCUCAAAAGUCCGAACUAAAAAGCGAAGAUACCACCAGUCCAAAAACCGGUAACACCGCGGGCAACAAGUUGCAAGAGCAUUUGGAUAAGCUGAAGAAUAACGUGAGGACCGAAGUGCCGGACUGCGAUUGCUUUACUGCUGACAAAUGUCCGCCCGAGCCUGGUUCGUACUACACUCACCUCAGUGCGGCAGCUACUCUACCCGAUCUUCGAAACGAUUUAGAGAGAAGAACUGGUCUCAAGGGCAACGCUAUUAGAUUCGAGAAGGUCAUCUACACGGGAAAAGAGGGAAAGACGACACAAGGUUGUCCGAUGGCCAAGUGGAUAAUUCGUCGAGGGAGUCUGGAAGAAAAAAUUUUAGCAGUGGUCAAGCAUCGUCAAGGACACAAAUGUCCAACCGCGUGGAUCGUCGUGGCUAUGGUGGCGUGGGAAGGAGUUCCAGGGCACGAGGCUGACCGAAUCUAUUCCCUGUUAACUCACAAGCUCAAUCGUUUUGGCUUGCCAACUACAAGAAGAUGCGGAACCAAUGAGCCGAGAACAUGCGCUUGCCAAGGCCUCGAUCCGGACUCUUGUGGUGCCAGUUAUUCGUUUGGAUGCUCGUGGUCCAUGUAUUAUAAUGGUUGUAAAUACGCGCGAAGCAAGACUGUCAGAAAGUUUAGAUUAUCAGUUAGGUCAGAGGAACAAGAAGUUGAAGAGAGAAUGCACGUUUUGGCGACGUUAUUGUCCCCGUUGUAUUUAAGUCUUGCGCCAGAGGCUUUUAAUAAUCAAACGCAGUUUGAAAGAGAAGCUAGUGAGUGUCGAUUAGGUUUUAAGCCUGGCAGGCCAUUUUCCGGGGUAACGGCAUGCUUAGACUUUUGUGCCCAUUCCCACAGAGAUCUGCAUAAUAUGAAUAAUGGGUGUACAGUGGUUGUAAGUUUGACAAGGCAUAGAUCACUCGCUAAACCCGAUGAUGAACAAUUACACGUGCUCCCGUUGUAUGUCAUGGAUGAUACCGAUGAAUUUGGAUCUAAGGAAGGCCAAGAGGAAAAAAUAAAAACUGGCGCUUUAGAAGUUCUUAAAAAAUAUCCGUGCGAAGUGAGAGUUAGAUCGGUGCCACUGCAGCCAUGUCGACGCCAUGGAAAAAAGAGAAAAGAGGAUGAACCGGACGUGGCUAGUAAUAAAAAGGACACAAAAAAUUCUAACGAAAAAAUAGUUGAAACAAACAGACCGUCUCUGUAUCCAGAUCCUUCAAGAGUUCCAUCGCUCAGGGAUCCUCAGUUACCUCUUGAAAUGGCUUCAAUGUUGGACAGUAUGGAUGCACAACUCCAGAGCUCUCAAGUUUCUUCGACCGUACUUGACAGCCCUGUAUCACUAUAUCAGGGGUGGAACUAUCAAAACGAACAGCAGUGGAGCCGAUCCGGCUGGAUGGACCAAAGAAAGAAUCAUUGGAUGAAUCCUUGGAGCGAGUACGGAUCUUUCGGUGGAUUGGAUCGAGAGGUGAGGGUUGAUCCUGACAGUACUAGUUUGGAUGACACGAGACCGAAGAGCACGGUAUCGCAAGAUGAUUAUAGGCCAGCGUCUAGAAACUUGCAAGGUGCUGGCACAGAAAUAUCUAGAGCUAAUUACAACCACUCUCCCCGAGGUCAUGCUAUUUCGCCUAGAGGUUCACUAUGCAACACACCUCUCGACAAUUACUCGACGCCACCUCGAACGUGCCCAUCAACAUCUCACGAUCAAAGAAUCAUCUCACCCCGAAGUUCUGGUUAUUCGUCGGCUGCUAGUGAUUUCAAUAUUUCGACACCGUCGCCCAGAAAUUAUCAAAAUCCAAUGGAUAGUCGGCAAAACAGCACAUCUCCUCGUGCUGGUUAUCAAAAUCCGUCAUUUAAUUUUGAUAGCCCUCAACGUACUACACCGUCUAGGAAUAGCCAGCACACGACUGCCAUUGGUUCUGAAACUUUUAGAAGGAAUCAAUCACCAAGUAUGAAUCAACUUCGAAGUCCUAGCUUGAAUACGUCAACCGACAACCUUUUAUUGAACGCAGCAUCUCCAAAGUAUCCGAACGAGCAAAUUCAAAAUCAAAAGUAUUCUGGAACUGUGUCUCAAAAUUAUUCCGAUGCCCAAGAUGAUAAAUCUCUAUCGGUAUCAAAAUCUCCGAAUCUCUUUUCACCUCAAGGAGAACAGCUCAGUAGGAAUACGAGUUUUUUCAAUCAAGUCGGUUCGAUACAUGGCUCGCAAAUAACGCCUGGGCCUAUUCAUUCCGACUAUUUGUUGCAAAAUCCACUUCAUGGGUAUCCCCUUUCUCAUCCAAACCACAUUCACCGAAAUGAAAGUGUGUCAAACCCUGCUGAUCCAAAGAAAAAUGAUUCUAAAGGAACAUCCAACACAAGCUAUCCAGUUACAAGCGAACAAUCGAAUUGGAGCUCCCUAAGUUCGUGGGGUAGCGGUGAAUGUACGAAAAAAUAUUCGCAACCAACAUCGCAUAAUCCGCAACAAAAUACGCUACCCAAAUUUGAGUACGGAAAUGUUCCUAAGACAUCAAUAUGGGAUGAGAGAUCACAUUCCGACUCGAUGAAAGCCACGUGGGAAGCUGCGCCAACGGAAUCACCGUCACCAUUUAGGGUUCCAAAGGGCCGACCACCUUCAAGGACCACCCCUAAUCAUGGCUCAAGUUCGGAAUCGAGUAAUCAAAAUUCCACGUCAAAGCCGUUUUUAAGACCACACGAGCCCACGAAAAGUAACUCAUCCGUCGAAUGUCCGAGCAAUAACGGCAGAUCUUCGUUGACACCAAAUUAUCCACGAAAAUCCGAUUGGCAACAAGACAAAUUGAAAGAAGGUUUUCACGAAGGUUUACGCCAAGAGCCGCCUAAUCAAAAUCCCAGCCUAAGUUGGCCGGAGCCCGACAUCAAGUCGGUCCAACCAGAUUUCCACGCGAUGACCGGACUGGGCCAUCCACCAACAUUUCCCCAGUAUCCAGGCUAUCCGAGUUACACCAUGUUCGACAAACCAUACCCAAAUACCUGGGAAGCAGCCGCGGGUUACGGCUACAACCACGCGUAUCAUCAUCCAGCCGCGCCACCGCCCGACUACCCGGCGGCUCAGUAUUACCAACAGCCCAAGCGGGAGCCUUGCUUCCCAACCGGCCAGUACCCCUUCCAGAAUAUACCACCUGGAGCCUAUCAGGGCCUGAACCCAGCCCUAGGUCCCCCCGGCUGGCCUCGCUGGGAACUCUACGGCCCCGCGUCCUACUUCCCGGUCCUGGCUGAGCCACCACCGAAGGCUGAACCCAUCGGAGAGGUCGCCGACUACUCGGACAACGAGGAGUGCUUCAAGGACUCCCAGAUGGGUGGGGUGGGCAUCGCUCUGGGCCACGGUAGCGUCCUGUUCGAGUGCGCGAAGCACGAGAUGCACGCGACCACGGCGCUCAAGCGGCCGAAUCGGUUGAACCCGUCGCGCAUCAGCCUCGUCUUCUACCAGCACCGCAACCUCAAUCGGCCCAAGCACGGCUGGGACGAGUGGGAGGAAAAAAUGCGGCUGCGGAAGCUCGGCGUGACCACCUCGAGCGCCUCGGGGUCCAGCAGUGCUCAGCCGCCUGGGACGAACAACGCACAGAGCAACCAAGCCUCGGGGGCGCAGUCCGGCACCACGGGAGCCAACAACGACGCGGGACCAGCCACGCCCCUACCCUACGUACCCAACGUGCCGAGUUCGCAGUUCAUGAUGCGCUCGCCCACGUACACCACCAUGACCUGGACGACCCUGUUUCCCAUGCAUCCGUGCAUGAUAACCGGCCCUUACCAAGAGGGCGGGGCCAUUGGAUGACUGGCGGGCGAGGUCCCGAGACCCAGCUAGCCGUGACAGUCGGUGCAUCGAACACUCGGUGCGGCUCCGAGGAGCUCCUGCUUCGAGCUUCCUCGGCGAAUUUUGCUAUGAUUAUCUGUAAAGAUAAAGAGGGAGUCGAGAACAUUAGUGUUCUACGUGCUUUCGUUGAAAAAGAAAUAUUCUUUUCUUUUUUUUUUUUUUUUUUUUUUUUAAUGCCACGGCAAAACGUAUAUAUGUACACAGUUGGGAGCGAAUAGGGUUGUAGAUUUUUCGCGUGAUCAAGUGUAGCCGCAUUUCAUUGUAUAUCCCAUUCGGUUUUUAGCGUUAAUAAAAUUACAUUUGAGAAUGGCCACACGUGCGUGAAACUUGUUAUGAAAAAUGCUAAUGAGAAUGAAAUUUGACGAAAAUUUUACUUCUUUGCGAUUUUAGCGUUAAACAAGGGAAGCAGUUUACCGUUCUCUGGUGAAAAUUCAACUUGUAUUAUUUGAAUGUUUGUACAUACUAGGAGAGAUUUCUUCCAAACAUAUUGGGAUUCUUAUUUUGUAUUUUUUACGUGAAAAGUGAAACUUUUUCAUCGUUUUCGUUUUUCUUUUUUGUUUUUUUUUUUUUUUUUAGCGGGUAAAGAUGCGUAAAAGUGGACUUGGCCAAAAAAUGAAUAACAAUGUAAAGAAAGAUCCAUUAACUAUUUAUUUAUUUUUGUUUUUUCUGUCUUCUUACUCCUCACUACCCUAUCCCACUAGACUUUAAGAUUUUAGAAAAUUUUAUUAUCAUUUAAAUUACUCAUUGAUAUACGAUUGACAACCGUAGGUACUGAUCAUUGCGCGUACUGUGUGAGUUGACUGUAUAAAAACUUUUAUAAUUGUAUGUUUGAGUGCAUGUGGGUCAAAAAAGGCCACGUGAAUUUAAUUGCGUAUAGAGGACUAGAAGAAACUGUAAAGAGGCAAAGAUGACUAAAAAUAAUAAAAGUAAAAUUGUCUGCAUCGUCCCAAUUCGAGAGUACUCUAAGAAUCAUAUAUCAUUCAUUAUUAUCAAUAAAUACAACAUACAAUAAUUAGUAACGUAAUGUAAUUUAACUGAUUAUUUAUUACCUAAGUUUCGAAAAAGUGUUACGUAUACUAUGAUUGUGGUUGCUUGUGAGAUGUCAGCAAUUUUAAGUUUAGUUGGAGUGCGAAAACAAUGAAAAUUGCGAGUGUAACUGACACUUUGCAAAUUUCACGAGGUUCAAGGCCCAAUAUUUCUGCUGCGAAAAGGACGAUGACUGAUGUGUGACGUCCCAAAGUAAUAUUAUAGAAAUUAGAGCCCAUUCCACAAUGCUGUCAUGCGACGUCUUCUCUUUUAUAUCCUUAUUUUACGAAACAAAGUUUGUCACUUGCAUCUCCAUCAUUUUUAUAUGCGUAAGAAACGUGUACUGAAUUUAUGCUGUGCACUACGUGAGUUGAAACUUUUAUUCUUGUUAAAAUAAUUUUGCUCACACAUUGUAUACUUUCGUUUAAUCCAUAAAUUUUUAACCUUGAUCUGUAUCCUCGAUACAUGUAUUUACGAUAUAUCAGAUUGUAAAAAAUAUAAAUAUAUACAUACACAUAUAUAUUUUUCCUGACAAAGAACAUCUGAUAGAAUCACUGGUACAAGUAUAUUUAACUAAUAUUUAAAUAUCUUUUUAUGACAAAAAUAAAAGUAAUUUUUUUUAAAUAUUGCUGUGCAGUAAAAAUUUAUUUUGUAAGUUCCAUCGACGUGCAAAACUGGAUGAAUUUAAAAAAAAAUCGAAAUGUUCCUGCUUUUCAAAGUAAUAGUGUUUCUAUUAGAUCUUUCAACAAAGGAAAAGCAACCCACAGUACAACUAUGACCAUCAAUCGCAUUUGCGUUAUCAUUGCCUCGUUAUUAAAACAUCAAAUCAUACAAGAAUAGUAAUAAAUAUAACGAGGCAACAACAUUACAUUCUAUUUUUUCAAUAUAAUUCAUUUUUAUGAGGUAAAAACACAACCAAUGGCUCGAGAAGAAUUUUAAAUGUUGUCUUGAUUUGUUUGUUUUUCUUUUUUAUUUUGUAUUAUUUAAAAGUAUCUAUAGCUGUUUUGUAAUGUGUGUUACUCGGUUUCUUGAUCUUAACUUUAAAUUCUUCUGAGUAUUUAAUUAUUAUAAAUAUUGUUAUUGGUUCACAAAUUUUUUUUUUUUUUUACAUCAAAUUUUGACUAAAAGUGCACUGCCAUUAUUAAAAACAAGAGCAAAUGCAUCUGAUUCUAAUGGUAUUUUAUGAAAGCAAGAAAAAUGUAAUGAACAAGAAAAAAAAACAAUGAAACUGAUAUUAAGAGCGAUGAUGCCAAAAUAGAGUUAAAGUUAAUAUUUAGGGAGUGACUAUAAUAUUAAAAUAUUUGUAAUAAUUAUAGCGAAUCUAUUGAAACUAAAAAUGAAAAAA